UUCUUUCGUAUCAAGGAAGUGGUCAAGUCUCUCCGUGACUUUCCGAGGUGUUGAAGUUGGAUAUAUAAAAACCCGCCAAAGAAGGUUUCAUCGUAAGAGCAUAACAACUCAGACACAACUCCUUCAAAAUUUUCUUCUUCUCUUCCUACACACAUACAAACAGUAUCAUUGAAUUGAUCUCUACCUGUCACUGUUUCACCUCUUGAUGGCUCCUUCAUACUCUGAAACUUUGGGGCGCCAUUCUCUGAUUCCGAGCUUUCUCUAUUCCUGUCCCUCUCCGCCGCAGAAGAAGAUUGAAGCUUCAAGCUUCGCGGUUCCUUCUCCCAGUGAGAAACGCAGAAUAGAGAUGUUUUCGCCGGCGUUCUACGGUGCUUGCACCAUCGGAGGAAUCCUCAGCUGUGGCCCCACGCACACCGCCGUCACGCCUCUUGACGUUGUCAAAUGCAACAUACAGAUUGACCCUGUCAAGUACAAGAACACCAGCACAGGAUUUGGAGUCAUGUUUAAGGAGCAAGGACUGAGGGGUUUUUACCGCGGAUGGGCACCUACCCUUGUUGGUUACGGCGCACAGGGUGCCUUCAAAUAUGGAUUGUAUGAGUACUUCAAGAAGUACUAUUCUGACAUAGCUGGUCCAGAGUAUGCAACGAAGUACAAGACAUUGAUUUACCUAGCCGGUUCAGCAUCUUCUGAGUUGAUUGCUGAUGUUGCUCUUUGCCCAUUUGAGGCUGUGAAGGUCAGAGUUCAAACUCAGCCUGGCUUUGCUAGAGGCCUAGCUGAUGGACUCCCAAAGUUAGUCAGAACUGAAGGUGUCUCAGGGCUGUACAAGGGAAUUAUGCCUCUGUGGGGAAGACAGGUUCCAUAUACAAUGAUGAAAUUUGCUUCUUUUGAGAACAUAGUUGAGAUGAUCUACAAGCAUGUCAUCUCCAAACCAAAAUAUGAAUGCAGCAAUUCCCAGCAACUAGGUGUGAGCAUUGUCGGUGGAUACAUGGCUGGUAUAUUGUGUGCUGUCGUCUCCCAUCCCGCUGAUAAUCUUGUCUCUUUCCUUAACAAUUCCAAAGGGGCAAGCGUUGCUGAUGCUGUAAAGAAGCUUGGACUAUGGGGUAUGUUUACCCGUGGUCUACCUCUUCGUAUUCUUAUGGUUGGAACUCUCACAGGAGCUCAAUGGGGAAUAUAUGAUUCAUUCAAAGUUUUUGUGGGGCUGCCAACCACUGGCGGUGUUGCUCCUGCUCUUCCUCCUCCUGCUGCUUAGCUUGCAAAGGAGUCAAAUGGAAAACACUUACAUCGUUCUGUUUCAGGAACUUAGAAAAUGUAGGGACCAUAUAUAAUAAUCAGGGAAUUUCUGAAGGUGCUAAUUAUACAGAGAAUUUUUAUACAAAAUGAAGGAAAAUGCUUGCAACUGUCUUUAAAAUGCUGGCCAAGGAAUAAAAAAGAAUAUUUUUUUUUA